CUUCCACUGGUCAUGUCUCGGACUUUGAAAGGAUUGGUGAGCAAGCGGAAGCGCCGCUUCCAAGAGGAUGGAUUCGAUCUGGACUUGAGCUACAUUACUGCACAUAUUAUAGCAAUGGGAUUCCCGGCGGAGAAAUUAGAAGGUGUUUAUCGCAAUCAUAUUGACGAUGUAGUUCGCUUUCUUCAAACUCGUCAUCCGAAACAUUACAAGAUCUUCCAUCUUCACGCCGCACUAGAUAGUUGUUCGGUCGUCGGCAUUAUUGCAGUUCCUGUAGGUGAACUGUGUAUGGCACGAUCGUAUGCCAAACCGCUGACGAGCGGCGCUCAACGGAAUGUGCAACGUGAUCAGAUUAAUGCUGAUUAUAAAUCUGCUACGCGAAUCCUCGAUCGCGGGAUCAUAUAA